AGCUUGAGGAGGGCGAGGCGUGCUCGGGGCAUGAAGGCGAAGCCUUGACCUCCGGGAAGGAUCUUGUCAAUCUCUCCUACAUCGAGCCCUGAUAUGUAAAUGUGGCCUGUCGUAAUAAAUUCACCUUAUUAUCGAAAGGACAAGUUCAAUGUGGUGUUAGUGGCAGCUUGCCUUGCAUUCUGUUGCAGGAUGAAAAGCUCCACGAUGUCCUGGGCCAUUUCCAGAAAGAUUUUGAAGGUGGAGUCUCGGCCGAAAACUUGGGGGCUAUGUUUGGUGGUUAUGGUUCAUUCCUCCCCAUGUACCAGCGUUCUCCAUCCGUUUGGUGCCAACCUAGAAGUCCACCAAAUGCUUCUAGCCACAAUGGUUCAAGAUCCCCUGAGAACACUUUGUGUGAGGGUGCACGUCAGACCCAAUUGGUUUCCACUUGUGCAUCUAUUAACAAAACUAGCGCAACAUCUGUAGCACCAUCAUUUGAUAAGUCAUGCAAGACAGAUUUCAGAACGGGGGCAAUCAGUGCUGGAGAGACUGUUACCCGGCAUGAUUCAUUUAAUAAACUAGUCAAUGGGAGUGAUCAGAAAACAUUGAAGGUUCGCAUUAAAGUGGGUCAAGAGAGUAUUUCAGCUAGAGAUAAUGCUGCUAUUUAUAGUGGUCUUGGCCUUGAUAUAUCUCCAUCAUCAUCCCUGGAGGACAGCCCUUGUGGGAGUGAAGGGCUUUCUACUGAACUUAGAGUUGCACCCGAUGAAUCUCCAAUGACCAUCAUCCAGAUCAUGACAUGCUUUCCAGUUCCUGGGGGAUAUUUACUUUCACCUCUUCCUGAUAACCUGUUGUAUUUGUCAAAAAAGGAGAAGUCCUUUCUUAACAACUUCAAGUCAGGCAAGCUGUCUAUGAGCAUCCCAGAAAAUUGUGCUGUUCUUGCUGAUCUUACCACAUCAUCAAGAGAUGUAAAAGGUCUGCAAAAGAAAGUGAAAAUACUGGAGAAGAAUGGUAGGGCUAUGGAUGUGAAGAAUUCAAGUUGCAAAGAUGAUAUAAGCUUAAUUUUGAAGAGGGAAAUUGACAUUGAAACCCAAGAUGGCCAAGAGAUCGUCUCUGAUGCGUUGAAUAUAACGAUUCUGUCUGAUACAACAGGUGUUGAAGAAAAAGAAGAUAGGCUAUUUGUUGGUGAAUCCACAAAAGGUUCCAAAAUGUUUGAUCUUCCUUUGGACCCCAAUAAACUUUCUGCAAAGGGUAGAGUAUGCUCAUCAGAGUUAGUGAAGGAUGGCCAAAGAGAGUUGAUGGAAAACACUGGGAAUAUUGGAGUUGCUGUCUCAGUAGAUGAAAUCACCCAUUCAAAAGGUAAAAUGAACCUUAAAACAAGCAUCACAGAGAAGGUCCUUGAAGAAAAAAAUUUCAGCAAUGACAAGAGGGCCUCAUCUGAUGUUCGAAAUGAAGACAAAAGUAAAAAUGAAAAAUGUUAUGGGACUAAAGUUGAUUUUGAUGAAGCUAGGUGGAAGAAGGAUUUUGUUAUUGGAUCCAUUGAAGCUCCCAAGGAAAACAUGGUCCAAAAAGCCAAUUUAUAUGAGCAAGAUGCAGAAAUGAUGUUUCAGGCUGGGGACCGCCCCUCUGAAGGUAGAGGAAAACAGAAGAAAAGUCAAACCAAUGGCAUACCAUCUGUCGAGUCCACAAAAAGAAACCCUAAGACUCACUCUUCAAAAUCCAAAGAAAAGAAGAGCAGUUCACAUUUGAGGAAGGUAGAUUAUAUGGAGAGUAAGUCUAAAGAUUCAAAGUUUGAAAAUGACCACCCUGGGAGUUUCAGUAAAGAGUCUCACAUAGAUGCGGAAGACAUGAAGACAGUGGAUAACAGAUCUAGGCUGCAACAUGCGAAAGAUAAACUGACAGAAAGAGAACAUGAUUAUGAGGAUCCUCUCUUGACAUUAAGUGAAAAGACAAAAGAGAGGCCUGUGGUUAAGAAGGCGGACAAUCUGCCUAUUUCAGAAGAAGUUUGUGCUCAGCAAGUUGCCCCUUUGACAUUGAGCAUACCAGGGUCAGAUGCAGUUGCAGUGUCCAAUGCUCCGGUUCUUAUAAAAGAAAACUGGGUCUGUUGUGACAGAUGCCAGAAAUGGCGUCUUUUACCAUAUGGGGCAAAUCCUGAUCUUUUGCCCAAGAAAUGGCAAUGCAAUAUGCUAAACUGGCUGCAACCUGGAAUGAACAGAUGUAACAUCAGUGAAGAGGAAACAACAAAAGCUCUAAAUGCUCUCUACCAGAUGCCUGUUCCUCAAAGCAACACUAGUCUGAAUGGUGUUCCUAAUGUUGCUGCUUCAAAUACGAUUUUGCCUGAUCCACAUCAUCUCAGCCAUGCUCUUGAUAAUAAUGUGAAUAGUGCGGGUGCUAUUGGUAAGAAAAAGCAUAAACUGAAGGAUCAGGCAAAUCCAGUUAAUGAUUCAGCUUCCCUUCUGAUUUCAUCUUCUGCAAAAAAGAACCAACUGGCUUCUUUCAAGAGCAGAAGCUUAAAUGAUGUUAACCAUCCAUUGGACUCUAACAUGCCAAGCAAAGUUGUCCUUGAGCAUGUGAGCAAGUCAACCGACUUUAGUUCUGAUAAACAGAAUCUCAAGCACAAGGAGAAGGACCGGAUCUUGGGACGACAUUCAGAUGGAGGUGCCAAUUUCUGUGGUUUUAUUUUCUCAGGUGACUAUGGUGAACGCGUUGGUAAACACUCUAAAUCAAAGAGCAAGAGGGAGGUUGAUCAAGAGGGUCUUACAACAACUAAAAGAUUCAAGAGAGAUGGUUCCCAUCAUAUCGGUGAGGAUAAGCAUUCUGAACACAACAGUGUGAGACAUGCAGUUUUAAUCACUGAUGAUGGUCUACCGACCAGUGCAAGCCAGCAUAGCAUGCAGAAGUACAACGGUUUUGCAUCUUUUAAUGAAGUAAAUGGUGAUUCAGAAAGCAAUUUGCCUACUUUAACUAAGAGGACAAAAGUUCAAUCUCACUCUUUACCCAAUGGAGAAGCUAGAGAGCAUGUUAGUGUCUUGAAUAUGGAAAAAUCUGUAUCAGACUUUGGCAAAAAGAGGAAAACCAAGAACUGGCAAGAGAGUCAGGAUCAUCUGGCAAACAUAGACAGCAGUGAGCGUCCAGUGGAUAGCAAGGCAGCUGCGAAAGAUACUUUCAGUGAAAAUGAAAUGAAGAGGGAAAAGAAACUUAAAGUGUCAAAGUCAGAAGUAGAUGAAUCAAGUACAAGCAAGGUUGAUGGUAGGUUGGAGAAAAAGGGUUGCACCACCAAAAUCCUUUUGUCUGGUGGUGUUCAGCAUUCAACUUAUGAAAUGGAGAAAAGUGGCCUUGCUGGGAAGGACAGCCAAAUAGAACAAUACCAAGUCAAUACAGUAUCCAGACCUGCUUUGGAUGGUGUGGAAUCCUUGAAGAAGGAUUUGGCCUAUCCACAGACCUCAGCUGCAGCUACUUCAAGCUCGUCAAAGAUAUCUGGUUCUCGUAAAAGUAGGGGCAACCUUCAGGAAGUGAGAGGUUCGCCAGUGGAAUCAGUUUCCUCAUCACCAUACAGGAAUUCUAAUUUGGAGAAGCCUUUUCCUUCUAGGAGGAAGUCAGGGGGGAAAGAUGAUGCAGGUUUCUCUGUUAUUGGGAGCCCCAAAAAUUGUUCAGAUGGUGAAGCUGAUGAUGGAAAUGAUCAUCCUGAGCUGAGGAAUAACAAGGAUUCUGCACAACGAAGAUCUGUUGAAGGUCGUAGAUCUAUGGAUUCUAGGGGUUUAGUAUCUUUGAGACAGACCUAUGAUAAUGAGGACAAAGAAGCACAGGCCACAGAUGGGAUACAUUUAAAAUUAUUUGGGGAUACUCAUGAUGAUUCCUCCCCUACCGAAUUUGAAGAAACAAACUUGGUGAAUAAUGGUGUAAACACAUCAAAUCACCUGUACAAAUGUCAACCUCUGGAUGAAGACCAUACUAAAAUGAAUAAUCGCUACCUUGCAAAUGGUUCUGUUCAACGGAAAUCAGUUAAAAGCUCUUCUACUCGUUCCAGAGAUAACCAGAGUUCCAAGUCUUCUAAUGACAAGGGCAAGAUCAAAGUGUCUAAUUCCUAUACUGAGCAAGGGGGGUUGUUUUCUUCCAAAAAUGAGGAUAAUUGCCAAGACAAUGUUCAUAAUUCUUCUGAUUGGACAAAUUACCCUAAAGAUCUGAGGGAUGAACAUCACAGUUGUCAGAAGGACAGGGAGGAUCAUUCACUUAAGAAAGAACUAAAAGCACAAGUAUCUUCAGGAGGUAUAAAAGGUGUCCAUACAGAUCAUGCAGUGUUAGGAAAUCUGGAGGUAAAUGGAUUUUGCAUGUCUGAUAAACAUCACAAGGACUUAAGCUCGAGAGUUGCUGCUUCAGGAGCUAGUUGCAGCAAGUUUGGUUCUCUAGAUAAUUCUCAACAGGUUUCCCUUGUAGAUGAGAGGAAUCUUUUUGAUCGAUCAGAAAUACUGGUUGGGAGAGGGAAAUCACAAUCCACCAUGUCUUUGAGAGAUAAACAAGAAAAUCAGACCUAUGGUUCUCAAGCAGCUCUUACAUCUAUUAAGGCAGUCAAAUCAGAAGGAUUUCUUGGUGAUGCAACAAAUGGUGAUGCAUUGAAGGUGGUCAAACCAAGAAAACCUGAUGAGCAGAUUGGAGCUCAACAUGGAAGUUUGAGGCAAGCCACACCUAACAGACUUGAGCCCCGAAGUCCAAGCAGGAGGGAUGGCCAUUCUUAUGCUAGUGUGCUGAAAGAAGCCAGAGAUUUGAAACAUACUGCUAACCGGCUAAAGAGUGAGGGGCUUGAGCUUGAAAGUACCGGUCUAUACUUUCAGGCAGCUUUGAAGUUUUUAUAUUAUGCAUUUUUAUUGGAGCCAAAUGCUGAAAAUGCUCGACAUGGGGAUGGUACUCAGUCCAUGCAGAUGUACUCUGACACUGCACGGCUUUGCGAAUUUUGUGCUCAUGAAUAUGAGAGGUGUAAACAAAUGGCUGCUGCUUCCUUAGCUUACAAGUGUGUAGAAGUGGCAUAUAUGAAGGUCUCAUAUUUGAAACAUGCGAGUGUUAGCAAAGAUCGACAUGAAUUGCAAGCAGCUCUGCAAAUGGUUGUUCCAGGUGAAUCCCCAUCUUCUUCUGCUUCAGAUGUAGAUAACUUAAAUAACCAGGGUACAUUGGACAAGGGUACUGCAGGCAAGGGUGUAAGUUCUCCUCAGGUUGCUGGCAACCAUGUUGUAGCUGCUCGCAACCGUCCCAGUUUCGUGCGGUUACUCAACUAUGCAAAUGAAACGGUUAGUGCUUUUGAUGCUUCAAAGAAGAUGCACAUUGUUUUUGCAGCUGCUUGUUCUGGCGCGGACAGGAAUGGUUCUGGUUGCUUAGUUUCUGUGAGAAAUGUUCUUGAUUUCAACUUUCACAAUGUUGAGAGACUACUGCAACUAAUACGGUUAGCGAUGGAGUCGAUCAGUUGUUUAUAGGACUAAGAAUUUUCAAACUUCUGUGAAUAUAUUUCUAUCUUGGCUCGGCCAUGGUGAUGGCAUUGAGGGGAUCACAAAGCUAGUUCUUGUAAAGCAUGUACAAAGGAUUUGCUUGUGAAUCUUGUGAAGAAUUAUUUUCUGCUUUUGACACUUUUAGAUGCGGGUAAGGGCUUGAAUCGGCAGUCAUGAGAAGAGAUGUGAAUACAAGUGGUUCGUGUCGAGUUUCUGCACCAUAAAAAGAUUGGCAUCGUGUUAUGAGUAAGGUGAAUGUCCUCAUUGUUUAUUGGAUUUGAGACUCUCUGGCAAUGUCCCAGAGGCUGCAUCUGGUGUAUCCUGGUUGAUUCAAUCAUUUUAGCCCUUUAGAAAUUUUGUUGCACUGGGAUACAAGUAAAUAUGUGAGGAUUUAAUGGUGCUUGUGAGAAAAUUCCCAUGGUGUUCUCUUUAGGCCUAUGGAUCAAACAUCGCGUGGUAUUUUGCUUUGAUGCUGGUUUGAUGUGGAUUCUUGUUUCACACAACUUGUGUGUAUUUCAAGAUUGUUAAGGAGGCGAGGCAAUCAAGCAUUCAGAAUUCUUGUUUUGCUAAGAAAAAUUGAGGAUUAAGAUUAUGUAUAGACACCUGAACAAACUUGAAGAAGUCGUUUGCAAAUGAACCCCUUUUCGGAGGCAUAUAUGUUGAUAUUGAUUCGCUAACAAAAGUUUGGGAUGCAUGGCUUUUUUUUCUUGAUCAGUUUCUGCUGCAGUCAGCUUCACUUGUAAAACUUGAACAGCAGUUGGAAGGCAACCAUUUGUUUGUGUUUUAGCCCUACAUAUGCUCUAUGCCUUGUUACCAGAUGUACUCAAUAUCGAUCAUGACAUAGUAACUCCAUAUCCUCUCCAUCCUGUUCUUAUCCUUUGUCUUUUUUUUUGUUCUUAUACAUCAUGAUGAUGAGUCUGAAGUUCUUAUUUGGAGCUUUUUUCUUUUGAGUAUCUACUGGCAGGAUUUGAUGGGCAUUCCUUGACCUUCUUCUUAUUCUUUUCUCAUGAUCUCCACUCUAAAGUGACAUAUGGAUGAUUUGAUGUCUCACUAUUAAAUGUUGGCAUGUUGCAUUGUGCUUCUUUGAGUAUCCUACCACCUUAUUCAGCUUUGGCAGUUAGGUGCAUGAUGCUAGCAAGAUAUAAUGUCACAAGACUAGGGCUGUGAUUGGGAUUGAGGGAAAAUAGUUGAACAAAAAAGAGACGAAAAGGAAUGAACGAAGGGAAAUUUUUUUCAAUAUAUUUCUUUUCAUUUUCUUCAUUCAUUCAAACAUAUGAAAAUAAUACUCUGUUAUCUCUUGUUUUCAUGUGAGUUUUCAUUUUCGGACA